GCUUCCUUUAUCUGGUCUCUCACGUUGGGCCCGAUACGAUUGCAAGGGUAGCGAACGCAGAAAGACUGCUUCAAUUCCCAAGACGACUCCAUUAGGAGCCCAGUCAUACGGUCCUUCUCCGAGUCGUCUCUCUGGGCUUUUGGCAGACCUGUUCAGCAUGAGUGGUUACCCAAGGCGCAACAAUCACGAUGGCUCUGAUAGCUACAUCGUGAACCACCAGCUUGCCUUACCUGUUCCAUACAGUCACGGGGACAGUCACGACUUUGGGGUAAAUGAUACAGGAUCGUAUCCUUUCCAGCAGCAACCAUUCAGUACUUAUGCGUCACAUUUUGGUUCACCCUAUAGUCAUUCUGGCAUCACAUCCAGCACCCACCAUCUGUCACCUCAUCAGUCACCGGGCCAUUCGGUCCCGCCAACUCCAGAUCAUGUACCUCUUCAGCAUCAUAUCCAGUAUAUGCCUCAGUCACGUUACCUCCAGUCACCAGGGUUUCUCCCACUUCGUGAUGCAUUCAGCGAAGCAGAUAUUGAAAGCCAGGAUUCGCAGAAUGAGAGUUCUAUGCUAUCAGAGCCAGUCAUCCCUCCACUGGACGGCUUUCCUAAUGUAAGGGAGUUUGAUCAGUUGAUGAAAAGUUAUGUCGACGACCUUUCCGUCAAAAAGCAGGAUAAGGCUUUGAUCCACGCCAAAAGGGCACGGAACAUCAAAACCGUACUGAUGGACCCCAAAGACACGGCUGUGGAAUCAGCCCAAUUCCGGUAAUUCGCCCCAUUGCAAGCGAUAUAGGCUCACUUCACUUGAGGCUAAAGUUUAUGUCAAUCUAGAUUCUGGGUAAAGAAAAUUGCACGAAAAUGAUUUGCCAUGAGGGAAA